AUGGCGGCGAGCCCCAGAAAACCACUACACUUUCUCAUCACGGGCGCCGGGCGCGGCAUAGGUCGAGGCCUGUCCCGGCUGCUCGUGCAGAAAGGCCAUCGCGUCUUCCUGGUAGACAAUAACCAGGAAGAGCUGCGUCACACAUGCGACACGCUCACGGGCUCUGCAUCUUCUGCGUUAUCUGCCUCCAACGCACACAGGCUCUUUGGCGCCCUGCACUGCAACCUGCGCCACCCAGCCGACAUAGACAGGGCCGCAAAGGCGGCCUCCGAGUUCUUUGCAGAUCACCUAGAUGUCCUGAUCAACAACGCCGCCUUCACGUCGGCGGUCGGCGGCUCGAGCAUCAUCGACUCCGACGACGAGCAGUUCAUGGCAUCCUGGGCCGCCAGCCUGGAGACGAACCUCACGGCCCCGCUGCUACUGAGUAGGGCGUGCCUGCCCAUGCUCAAGAAGCAGCCAGACCGUGGCCGCGAAAAUGGCGGAAGCAUCGUCCACAUGUCUUCCACCCGCGCAUAUCAGAGUGAGCCGGACUCGGAGGGCUACGCCGCCACCAAGGCCGGCCUUAUCGGCCUGACGCACAGUAUGGCCGUGAGCCUUGCGCCUGUAGGCGUUCGGGUGAACACGAUCCUGCCGGGGUGGAUCCACGUGGGCAACGAGUGCAAGGAGGCUGAUGAGAAAGGCACCAAAUGGGAGGAGGGGCUGUCGCAGGACGAUCAGAGGUGGCACCUGAAUGGGAGGGUCGGCAAGGUAGACGACAUUCUCGCGGCGGUUGAGUACCUCGCUAAGGCAGACUUCGUCACGGGCACGGAGAUGAUCGUCGACGGCGGAGUGACACGGAAGAUGGUCUAUCCUGAGUAG